AUGAAUCACUCAAUUCUAUAUGUUUUCAAAGACAUCGUGAUUUAUGUUGGACCCAAUAUUGAACCACUGGACUCAUUUUUUAUUGCGGGAUUAGGUUUUCCAAAAUUCCAACAAAUAUUUGACCAUUUGUGCUAUUUAUCAUUAGAAUCACGGAAAGAAACUAUAAGUGAAGACGAACUUCAAGAAACUUUUCAAACAGAUGAGCCUGUAUUUUUAAAUGGCGAGAAUCCCUUUACAGAUAGUUGGAAAAGUGGAAAUCAACUUGUAUUUGAUAUUCCGGGGGACAUUGAUAACAAUUUAUGCAAAGUUAAACCAAAUCUGGAGCCAUACAAAAGAUUGUUAAAGGCUUCUGGUGCAAAAGAAUUGAAAGGGAUUAAUUAUAAAGUAAAAGUUGGUGAAUAUUCUCAACGAGAUAAGUUAUUAAAAAGGUUAGAUGAUGGUUUGGCUGGACAUCCGGCUACUCGUCAUCAUGAUGUGAUAUUUAAAGUUGGAGAUGAAGAAAUGGAAGAAAUUGAUGAAGAGAUUGAAAUAUAUCUUGAGAUAGAUAAUAAAAUAAUGGUGGGAAGAGAAGUAAUUAGAAUUUCCAAUAUUAUAUUGAAUAUUUGGGUUAAUUCAAUACAAAACGGGGUUUCAAUAAUUAAUAAUUAUAAUGAUAGUGGCGAUGAAGCGGAUAUUAAAACAUGA